AUGUUUUUAAAUAAUUGUGUCACAGAGCUAUCUGGUUGUCUCUUUCACCAGGAAAUGGGAGAAAAUCAGACGUCAGUCACAGAGUUCAUCCUGCUAGGAUUUUGUCUUGGCCCAAGGAUGCAGCUGCUUCUCUUUGGGAACUUCUCUCUGUUCUAUGUCUUCACUCUACUAGGAAAUGGGGCCAUCCUAGGGCUCAUUUCUCUGGACCUCAGACUGCACAUCCCCAUGUACUUCUUUCUCUCCCACCUGGCCAUUGUCGACAUAGCCUAUGCCUGCAGUACAGUGCCCCAGAUGCUGGUGAACCUCCUGAGUCCCACCACACCCAUAUCCUUUGCUGGCUGCAUCACACAGACCUUCCUCUUUAUGACUUUCGCUCACACGGAAUGUCUUCUCCUGGUGAUGAUGUCCUAUGAUCGUUACAUGGCCAUCUGCCAUCCCCUUCAAUACUCUGCCAUCAUGAGCUGGAGGCUCUGCAUCACCCUGGCCAUCACUUCCUGGUAAUGUGGCUCCCUCCUGGCCCUGGUCCAUGUGGUUCUCAUCCUGAGGCUACCCUUCUGUGGGCCUCAUGAGAUCAACCACUUCUUCUGUGAAAUCCUGUCUGUCCUGAGGCUGGCCUGUGCGAACACCCGGCUCAACCAAGUAGUCAUAUUUGCAGCCUGUGUGUUCAUCCUGGUGGGGCCCCUCUGCCUGGUGCUGGUCUCCUACACCUGCAUCCUCUUUGCCAUCCUGAGGAUCCAGUCUGGGGAGGGACAAAGAAAGACCUUCUCCACCUGCUCCUCCCAUCUCUGCGUGGUCGGGCUCUUCUUUGGCAGCGCUAUUGUCACAUAUAUGGCUCCCAAAUCCAGCCACCCUGAGGAGCAGAAGAAGGUCCUUUUCCUGUUUUACAGCAUUUUCAACCCAAUGCUGAACCCCCUGAUCUACACCUUGAGGAAUGCAGAGGUGAAGGGUGCCUUGCGGAGAGCGUUGUGCAAGGGGAGUCAUUUCCAAUUAGAUGACCCCUGA